CCCCGGCCCGGCCGGGCGGGACCAGUGCGCGGCUGAGGCUGGCGGGCGGUGGGGUCCGCUCGGCAGCGGGAGAUGACUGCCGGCGGCCAGGCCGAGGCCGAGGGCGCGGGCGCGGAGCCCGGCGCGGCGCGGCUGCCCUCGCGGGUGGUCAGGCUGCUGUCGGCGCUCUUCUACGGGACCUGCUCCUUCCUCAUCGUGCUGGUCAACAAGGCGCUGCUGACCACCUACGGUUUCCCGUCACCAAUUUUCCUUGGAAUUGGACAGAUGGCAGCCACCAUAAUGAUACUAUAUGUGUCCAAGCUAAAUAAAAUAGUUCACUUCCCUGAUUUUGAUAAGAAAAUUCCUGUAAAGCUAUUUCCUCUGCCUCUCCUCUACGUUGGGAACCACAUAAGUGGAUUAUCAAGCACAAGUAAAUUAAGCCUGCCGAUGUUCACCGUGCUCCGGAAAUUCACCAUUCCACUUACCCUACUUCUGGAAACCAUCAUACUCGGGAAGCAGUAUUCACUGAACAUCAUCGUCAGUGUCUUUGCCAUCGUCCUUGGGGCUUUCAUAGCAGCUGGGUCCGACCUUGCUUUUAACUUAGAAGGCUAUAUUUUUGUAUUCCUGAAUGAUAUCUUCACAGCAGCAAACGGAGUUUAUACCAAACAGAAAAUGGACCCAAAGGAGCUAGGGAAAUACGGAGUGCUUUUCUACAAUGCCUGCUUCAUGAUCAUCCCAACUCUUAUUAUUAGUGUCUCCACGGGAGACCUGCGACAGGCUACUGAAUUCAACCAAUGGAAGAAUGCUCUGUUUAUCCUGCAGUUUCUCCUUUCCUGCUUUUUGGGGUUUCUACUGAUGUACUCCACGGUUCUGUGCAGUUAUUACAAUUCAGCCCUGACGACAGCAGUGGUUGGAGCUAUCAAGAAUGUAUCUGUUGCCUACAUCGGGAUGUUGAUCGGUGGAGACUACAUUUUCUCUCUGUUAAACUUUGUAGGGUUAAAUAUUUGCAUGGCAGGGGGCUUGAGAUACUCCUUUUUAACGCUGAGCAGCCAGUUAAAACCUAAACCUGUGGAUGAAGAAAACAUCGGUUUGGAUUUGAAGAACUAGAGUCUGCAGCGGGGUGUAGACGGACUUGUGACUGGGGUCUGGGGGUUAUUCCCACUAGGAAUGUGAAGCCAGAGGUUUCAGAUUCGGGACAUCCACCCCCGGGGCAAGCGAGAACAUCUGCAAAAAUGCAAAGAACUACCUCAUACGCCCGCACCAUGAGCCACUGGCAACCCUGAAAAUGUACUUGGGCCGCACCUUACUAGUGGAAAGCAAAGCUUUUCAAAAGAAGCCGCUGGGACUCGGUAGGUGGAGCCUCAGGUGCUCUUCUAGGGACCGAUGGCGCCUUUGUGGCAUCUCCGUGCCAUGUGCUGGGGAGGAGGUCGAUGUGAUGGUGACUGUUUUCUGAUUAGCACCUUGGCCUGAUUUGCAAGGUCCCAGCCACAACAAAGGGCCAAUUGUUUAGUUUAAACAGACACGUCUUUAUUUUAAUAAAAUUAGUCAGUUGACUGCCAGUAAAGUUAUUUGCUAGCUUCGAUGAAAGCUAUGUUGGUAUCUUUUCCUAAUCAUCAAAGUAAAAUAAAAAAUUAUUUCUGGGUAUGU